AUGGACACGGAGGAGGGCGAGUUUAUUAUCUGCGGCAACGGCGGCUCGUCCGAGGAUGCGGCUUUCGAUGCCGUUGUCGGCGUCAUCGAAGAUUUUAUGAUUUCUUUUGACCUCGAGCAGGUGUGGCAGUCGGUGCCACCCCUGCACACCGUCUCGGGUGAUCAUGAUCAGCAUACCGUGUACACAUCCUUCUUGGCGAAGGUAGAUCAGGCACUUGACGCACACGUGCUCGCUGCGUGUCCAGAGUAUAAAUCAAGUGAAGAGGUCGUUACGCUGCUGCAGAAGCGUCACGAGGACAUCACGGAGGAGGUAUGGGCGUUCGUGAGCGAAGGAUGCUUCGACUACGAAGCGUUUAUGGAGCAAUGGAAAGCAAAGCGACCAUAG